UCUGAGUCGACAGGGGGCGCUGGGGCGCUGUGUGCACGGCGGCGCUGCACGCUAAUGCGGCGACGAAGCGCAGAGCAGAGGCUUCGUCAGGAGGAGACGCCGAGCAGGUUCGCAGUUCAACCCGGUCAUCGAUCAGCUACCUGAAACACUAGACAUGUCUACAGAGCCCAACUACCGCCGAACUAAACCCGGAAUGAAAACCAGCGUUCCCAACUCGAACGGCGGCAGCGGUCCCUCGUCGCAGAUCCCCGGGCUGUCCCAGAGCGCCGACACGGCACCGGUGGAGAAAAACAAGGGCAGGAGAGUCGGAAUCCAGUCCACCGACUCCGACUACGUCAAACUCGCCAAGCAAGGAGGCCACAAGGGUUUGUUGUCCUACGACCCCGAUGAGGACAACGGCUGCGCACCCCAACCCUCUGAUCAGAUCCUCGGUGACAGUCAGCGCCUGGGUAAAUCCUCCAAGCUGGUGGCCCCGUUUGGGACCGACGAAUGUUCAGCCUGGGACAAUGAGUCUGGCGCAGUGAACGACAAGAAGUCACCGGUCGGCCAGGCCAGUGAGGAGAUGCAGAAGCUCUCUGUGAGCCAGAAGGACAUCGAUGAGGCCAACAAGUACAAAAGAAUGUCACAUGAUAAGAAGCCGAAUGUUCCAGUGAACAUGUCCAAGCUGUUGAGCUUUGGAUACAUGGAGGAGCAGGAGAAGAAGUCUCCUGACGACAACAACGGCUCAAGUCUGACGCCAGAGCAGGUGAACACCUUCACCCCAGAGGAAGAGUUGGAGUAAGAAGCACAGAGACGACUGGAAUCUUCCCCUCUCUUUGUCCGUACGCCGUCUCCAGCCCGCCAUCCUUCUUCUGUUCAUCACACUAUUUAUGCGACUCUCUUUUUAGUCGUCAUUUCUCGUUAUAAAAGUCAUUCGUGUCACGCUUACAUAUCUAAUGGUGCUUGUGAACCUUGAAACUAAAUUAAAAAAAAAACUAUGUGAAACCUUAAUACGAGUCACACGACAAUAUUAUCAGCUAAAGGUACCGACCGAGACGCAACUUUUUGUCCGAAUCACAGAAAUCGUUUAGUGGGUUUUUUCCUUUUCUCUUUUUUUACGUUUCACUCGCUCGCAAUAUGCCAAGUUGUUUAUUUACGGCUUUUUUUUUUAAAGAAAUCGUCACCACGGCCGCAUUGCCGAGUCCCGUCACAACCCACACAACUACACGAGACGAAUCCUGUUUGUGUCCAGAGCUUUCGAAAGUGUUGCCUGGAGCCUUCGUGAAUGUGUCGCUAUGCUGUUUUUUGUUUUUUUCUCGUUGUUACGGUAAAUUUUAAGAUAUAUAAUUUUUUUUUGUUAGGUGCAGUAGAUGUACAGAGUUUUAACUCCAUAACAUGUUUCAUCAAAUAAUGUUUACAUUCAAUGUUGAUUAUCGAUAAACGAAUAAAAUAUGCAUGUGCAUGAA